UGUCUCAAUAACAUCUACUGCAGUCUGCAGGACUGUGAAUACGAUCAUUUACAGCCUGCAUUAUUGCCGAGAUGCAUAAUAAGGACGAAUCAGCCCGGCGUUGUUGAUGAAAUGCUCCCUAGACUCAAUCCUCUCGUCGUUCAGCACUAUGUGCUGCUCAUUUACAGCGACCGCAGUGGAUUUGCCAGAGCAGUGGUAUGCCAGUCCCGGACAACUGGAUUAGUCCAGAUUUGGCAUCUCUCAGCAACGCAAAAUGAACAGCAUACGGUACAAAGCAGCGACGGUCAGAUGGAGCUGCUCUGUGGCGCGCUGUGAUCAGCCCCGCAUGUGCCGAGUCCGGUUACUGCUGCUGUGCCUGUGCGUGCUGGUGGCAAUGACAUUAACACUGGCAUUAUCACUAGCUAACCAGCACCCGGAGGAGUUUGACUUACCACCCAGACCUCCUGACCUGAUCAAAGACAAGCUGAAUCACCAGCCAGGCAAACCCACUGUUGCCCAAGUGAAGCGGCUCAUCUCGCAGGUGAAUUGGGAAAGACUGUGGUAUUUUCAGCUGCGGCCCAUUCUCAUUCAGCGACAGCCUGGAAGUCGAGGAAGUCGAGCUGUUCGUAAACACAUCUUUUCUCAGCUGGAUUCUCUUUCGGCUGGCUGGUCUGUUGAAGUGGACUCUUUCAUCUCUGAAACACCACGUGGCCCUGUUAGCUUCUCUAAUAUCCUGGCUGUGUUGGACCCGAUGGCUCCCCGAAGAUUGCUUUUGGCUUGUCACUAUGACUCUAAAUUGAUACCUUCAGAUACAAGUGAGCCACAGAAGGUGUUUGUGGGUGCCAGUGACUCAGCUGUACCCUGUGCCAUGAUGCUGGAACUGGUCACAGCUUUGGACGCACACCUGAAAAAGCACAAGCAGCUGAUGUCCAGGGUGACCCUUCAGCUGGUCUUCUUUGAUGGAGGAGAGGCGUUCGAGCAGUGGUCUCCGACAGACUCAUUAUAUGGUUCACGGCAUCUCGCAGAAUACAUGUCCAGCAUUCCUCAUCCGCCGGGGUCUAAACAAACCACUCUUCUCAAUGCUGUGGAUCUCCUUGUCCUUUUGGAUCUGAUUGGUGCCGCUGACCCUAUGUUUGUGAAUCACUUUGACAACACAGCUCGUUGGUUUGACCGCCUAAUCGCCGCUGAGAAAAGACUUCACACUUUGGGGCUCCUGACAUCCCAUCCCAAAGAGCAGAGAUAUUUCAUGAAGGAUAUGAACAUGGGCCCAGUUGAAGAUGAUCAUCUUCCUUUUCUUCAGAGAGGAGUUCCAGUGCUACAUUUGAUUGCAACACCGUUCCCUUCAUUCCUGCACACAAUGGAGGACACGGCAGACAAGAUUCACAGGCACACUGUGGAGAAUCUCACCAAAAUCCUGGUGGUUUUCUUGGCUGAAUAUCUGCGGCUAUAAUAUUACAUCCGCUGCGGAUCGGUCAAUACCUCAGCUGCACUGCUUUAGGAUAUCUGAAAAUCAAUGUGUUCUCAGAGAUGCGUGAUGUACUGUAUAUUCUCAGGCUGCCAUCUUGUAUCCUCACAUAUGCUUACCUUUAGACUUUCUGCCAUGUUAGUCAAUUGGUACUGUGCCUUCAGAUAGUUCUGCUAUCUAGCAAUGCACUAUAUAGACGGAAUAAUAUAACUAUCUGUGCCAAAAAGGUUUACCAAUGUUUAUUCAUCUGUUCGAUAACUGUGCAAUACUAUCAACAGAACGCAAAGUAGAUAAGCUCAGGAAUGGAUGUGAACCUGAUGCUAUGUAAGAGAUUAUUAUACUAUGCACUACAAUGAAGCUCUAUAAUGCUACAACAGUUCUGAUCAUAUUUACUAUAUUUAAUCUCACAAACAUUCUCUCAAAGGAGCAGUCUGUAAUCUCUAGUAGCUAAAUGUUCAAUUAUGUCUUGAUUAUAUAGUUUUCUAAAAGAUAUGGAAAGUCGUACUUAUGUAGCAAAAAAUACUGACUUCAGACUUGACAUAGACUUGACUUGUGAGGGACGCUUCCG